CGCAGCUGGAUGUCGCUGAUUUGAAUGAACUAGAGGACACCUCGCAUCAUAACAACGCAUAUAAAAUCUAAAAUAGUAUCUUAAUAAGCACUACGCGCUAUUGAGUCGCGGGAUGCAUAUCAACAUUAUAGUUGUAUAAGAGACAGUUCAGAACAGAGCAGCCUAAAAGAGCUGCUGUCAUCGGUUCUUAACAUUUGAAACUAUUUACCUUGUAUUGCUUUUUUGAAAAUAUAUUUUAUCAUAAAGUUUAAUUAUAGCAAUUGCACUUAUGGACACCAUUCUGGACAAUUUCGCCCCGGAUAAACUUUUCCCCAGUGCCAACCUGUUGGACCUUGAGGAUUUGAAUGAAGGGGAUUUUCUCAACAAUGUGCACUUCUCGGAGCAGAUGGAGGACUUCUCCAACGAGCUGUUCAGCAGCUUCUUUGAUGACCACCUCCUGGCCGACAGGAACCCACUGUUGGACAUGGAGAUGGACCCACCCAACCCUGACAUCCAGCAAGAACACAGCUACUCCUUGAGCGGAGAUUCGGCCCCCCAGAGCCCCUCCAUGUCCAUCAAAAUAGACGAGGAAGCAGAGUUUGAAGGAAUGUGGUCCUUCAGCCAGGACCUGACGGCCAUCCUGGUAAAGCAGGAGCCUGAUCAACGGGCAGAGCCUUCCUCUACAGUCCCCUCCAUGGGGAACUCAUGCUUCCAGCCUCUCAACCUCGCCCCACCACCUCACAGGAGCUCAUCGGGGGAUAUAUGCUCCAAAGAGUUGAACCUCAACCCCACACCUGCAAUCAAAGAUGAACCCAGAGAGGUCAACCAGUUCCUCAACAUCCCUUCAGAUGAUCAGCUGCAGCUCCCCCCCACCCCUCCCAGCAGCCAUGGCAGUGACAGUGAUGGAUCCCAGAGCCCCCGCUCCAUACCCCCUUCCAGCCCAGCCCGCCUACAGGCCCGCUCCUCCGCUGCCAUAUCCUCCUCACCCCUCCUUACCGCCCCACACAAGCUACAGGGCACUUCAGGGCCACUGAUGCUGACAGAGGAGGAGAAACGCACCCUGAUUGCUGAAGGUUACCCCGUACCCAACAAGCUGCCCCUCACCAAGACCGAGGAGAAGGCACUGAAGAGGGUGCGCAGGAAAAUCAAAAAUAAGAUAUCUGCCCAGGAGAGUCGCAGGAAGAAGAAGGAGUACGUGGAGUGCCUGGAGAAAAAGGUGGAGAACUACACGUCUGAGAACAGUGACCUGUGGAAGAAGGUGGAGACACUGGAGAGUGCCAACAGAACUCUACUCCAGCAGCUCCAGAAACUCCAGGCCCUGGUCACAGGAAAAGUGCCCCAAUCCUGCAAGAUGGCCUCCACGCAAACAGGAACAUGUCUUAUGGUGGUGGCGCUGUGCUUUUUCCUGGUGCUGGGCUCCAUUGUGCCUUGUCUGCCUGAGCUCUCCUCCCUGUCCCAUACUGUGAAGUCCUCCUCGCCCCUCCCCUCGGCUGACGUCUACACAGCCAGCCAGGUCCGCUCCCGCAGCCUACUCUUCUACGACGAGAACUCCUCGUUGGAGGACGGUCACGGGGGCUUCCUGAAGAUGGAGGGGGACGGCUCGGAGGGGGCGCCCCUCGACUACAACGAGGACCGGUCGGCACGUGACAGCCACGGGGGCGAACACGAGAACACCAAGUACCUUAACAAGGCUCACUCCGACCCGGUGGACUACAACAGGACCGGCGCCCAGUUCCUCCAAGAAGAGCCGCAGUACCACAAAAUAGAGCCAAACCCCGAAGGAGGAGCGGAGUACUUUUAACCUUUAGGGGCGGAGCUGCCAAAAACACACAGCUCUCCAGACUCCUUACCCAUGUGGAUGUGUAGUGACACUACGGCGCCCCCUAGUGUGGCAUCCCCAACCCACCUCUCCUUGCACUCCCUGACCUCCUGCAGUAGCUCCCUGGCCUUCCUGUUCCAUCUCAUUCCCUGAAGUUCCAACCGGUAGAGAGGAUGAAGAGGGUAUGUGAAGAAGAUAGAAAUGAUGGGCAACUGCAAUCAAAGCUCCACAGAAACUUUUCAUCUUUGACUGGAGGCAGAAGCAGGGAGUGAGAGGGGCUUUUUGAAACCUCUGUGUGCAAUGCGUGUCUGCCUGCACUUUCAAGUGGGUGAGUGUGGUUGCAGUGCUUCUGUGCAGAGGAAGUGCUCCUCAGAUUCCACCACACUGUUGCUUUUUCAAGGACUGCUAAAAAUAUUUAGAACACAGGAGGUACUUCAGGUGAAGGGUGUAUCGGAUCUAUAGCAAAUUGGAUG